GAAGGCGAGGAUGGGAGGGAGGGGACGGGGGUGAGGCUGUGUGAGUUGCUGCAGGCAGGGGGGGUGAGUGUCAGACCUCUGGGGAAGCACUUAGCCAUCUCUCUGCCCUCACUUCCUCUGCGUCUCUGGGAUACACAAACCACACACACCGCACACUCCGCACACCUUGAACCCACACACACACACCCUCCCCCUCCGCCCUCUGCUCCUCCCCCGUCUUCCCCUCUGGAGGCUUCUGGGCAAAGGAAACCUCUCACGCCUCUCUGGCAGCCCCCCCGGCCCCAUUCCCCCAACGGCGCCGCUCAGCAUUGGCCGAGGCACGGAGCCGCCUCCGACAGCAGCACACGUCACUGGUCCUCCUGGAGUUUGGACCGUCCUGACGCCGUGGUGACGCCUUACAACACACCCCCAGACUGCUGUGUUCCCAUCAGGCCGCAGACAUCCAGCCAGAACUACAGCUACAGUUGCCAGUCCUCUCCAGGGCACUGCAGCUCCCAGCAUGCCCCAGAGCAACACAGUGAUCCCUGCUGUGACCGCGAAGAGGCUGAGUUGUCUGAGCUUGACUCCCUUUACCAGGCCAGUCUGCAGGCCGGAAAGUCAGGCUGCAGCCCAUCAGAGAGACUCAUAUCCAGGGUGGGAGGGCAGGCUCGCUCUAAGACCCCCAACGCAGACAUGGAGAGGAGUGUGUUCGGGGCGGACUGCACCAGCACCCCCACCUACCUCAACAAGCCAACGAUGUUGCGGGAUCUGCGUUUUGGGGUGGAGCCUAACGAUGGGGAAAGUCUGAGGCAAAUCGGACGCAGCCUGAGCGGCACAGUAGUGACCCCGCGCCGCAGCCGCCUGACUGCAACCCGCAGCUUUGUGAAGCAGGCUGAUGUCAGUGCCUCUCCUUGCUUACUUCCUCUCUUCUGAGUCCCUGUUGCUAUUCCACCACUAUCAUCUCCUCCAUCCUACUCAUCACCAACACCUUCCCAUCACCACCUCCCUCCACUGCUUCACAGGAGCUGUCGGGUGGUGCAGGGAGUUUCUGGCUGUGUCUGACGGGUGUCAAGCUGUCUUCUGAUCAGAGUGCUGCUCUGCUUCACUAAUGUCUCACCGCGUCC